CUCAAUAACACUUACGUUAAGAAAAUUCCGACCUCCCAACAUCUAAAUCAUAACUCCACCCGUCUUUAACUAUGCCUUCUAUUGACUUUUGUAUUAAGAUUUCAUGAAAUUUCUUGGCUACCAGAUUGAAUGAUGUGCAACCCCUUUUUUUCAGUUUAGAGAGUAUACUUUUUUAUAAACUUAAUCGAUAAUUAGUAACAUCAAAUUACUUAUUGUAUCUAACUUUGUUUGUUUAUGGAAAAAGAGAACAAAUUGAUUAUAAUGAGUCACUAAUAAAGAAAGAAAAAAAUAUGGUGAUAAAUUUAACUUUGAUUGAAAAAAGAAGCAAGCUAGUAGUAAGUGGAAGAGUGAAGCUGAAAAAGUGACGACAAACAUCUCAUCGCAUUUCCUUUCCCUCAUUUUCCUCCCUGAAAACAGCCCUUCCACCCACUUGCACUACUACCUUCCCAUUUCCCACCCCUCUUUUUUCUUCCCCCUAAUUUCCUCUCUUCUUCCCACCGCCAUGCCCACCGCCGCUGCCGUCGCCAUCGCCGCCCUCCUCCUCCUCUCCCUCCCCAUCUCCACCGUCUCCGACGACACCUGUCCUUACCCAUGUUACCCUCCUCCCACCGGCCCCGGCGGCACCCCUCCUGCGAUCGUCACUAACCCACCUCCAAAUCCACAGUCUUCAUCCUACCCUCCACCGCCGGCGGGAUACUUCCCCCCUCCAGCCGGGAACAACAACAUGCCGCCUUACUACAACCCGCCGACGUCUCCCGGCGGUGGCAGCAACAACAACAACUACGGCAGCAAUCCGCCGCCGGACCCGAUCCUCCCCUAUUUCCCGUACUACUACAGGAAGCCUCCCCACAAACCUGAUGAUGAUGCGUCAGCAGCGGCGGCUGCUCGGGCGGUUCUGUGGUCGACAGCGCUGGCGGUGGCCGCCGCUGCCGGGAGUGGCUUUUUGGUUUCCGGGAAAGGUUUCUGGUUGUAGAGUUGUAGUUGGCGGAAAGCCCUUUUUUCUGUCUUCCUUUUUUUUUUAAUUAAGGUGAGCGGCGAAGCUUUUUUUUUCUUUUUUCCCUUCUCUAUGUAGUACUGUAGUUUAUUAAUUAUAAAUUAUGAUUACGGUGGAUUAAUCGUGGUUUUGGUCUGUUGGAUGUUGGAUUGAUGGGCGUGCUUUUUUGUAAUACACGUUGAGAUGAAUUUUUUUAUGAACAUCAAGAUGAAUUUUACAUGUAUGGUGGCUACAUAAAAAAUGAUAGUACCUAUAUAUAAAAAUUAAAAAGAAAACUUAAUGUAAGAUGGAUUAGGGUUGGUCCUUUCUCCCUUUUGCCGUCCUAGCGAGGUAAGCUUUUCAAUUUUGCCUUGGGUUUUCUUGCUAGUUCAUACUUCAUUCAACUUUUGCCGUCCUGUUCAGGUCAACCAAAAAAUGCAUUGCUUUUGGUUUGUGUAUAUCUUCUCCAUGAUACCUAGUGGCCAUGUGGGUGGAUGAUCGAUACGAACGGAUUGUGAAUCGAUAAAUCUCCCACCCGCAUUUAGUGAUGGGUGGGUUGUGGGUUGCCCUAAUGACCUGCACACUAUCUUUAUAUGAAAAAUAAUUGUUUCUUGGUUUUUAUCUACCAGAUAAUCAUCGUAUUUUUUAACCGACACCAUACACUGACCAUCGACUUAUAAAGACGGAAAAUAAAUAAUAUUUUUGGGCGACUACUGUAGGUCACUAUUGUGUAAAGUCUGUUAGGUAUUAAGAUGCAAAUUAUGAACUAUUAAUUGUAUCUAAUUAGGGGUGGGGGGUGAACUUUUUCUACAUAAUUGGUUGAUGAAGUGAUGAAAUAUUUGAUACAAGUACUAGGCAUCUCUAUUGGAGACAAAAUUGUGAGUGUCUAAAUUGAUGCAAACUUACUCAUUUACGAGGAAUUCAUUAUAAAUGUUGGUUAACUUGCAUAAUUAAUUACUAGCUAGUGUUGUAUUUGCGGGUUAACCCACAACCCAAUCGUAUCCAUUCACCCAACCCAACUCAAAAAAGCGUGUGAUUGAAUUCUGGAUCACAAUUAUACCAUCUCAUUAGUUAACGGAUGGGACACUUUAAAAACGAAACUCACCCACUACGCACCCUACCUGUUACCAACAAAUGAUUGUUAAUGUAUUGUUUUAGAUAUAGUUAUUUUAUUGGUAGUAGUGAUGUUUUCGAAGUUAUUUGUAUGUGAAUUAAGUGGGCGGGGUCGUCGUUUGUUUGCCUUUUUAAGGAAAAAUGAAAAUAAAAGGAUAGAUAAUGGUUACUAUUGUCAUAAACUAGUUGAUCCCAAACGAAAGCCAAUUCACGGGUUUGAAGUUUGCACAGACCCACAAUGCCUUUGUGUUUUAAUCAACUGUUAAUAUUAGGGCUCGUGAAGAAGAUUCGAAGACACGAUCACUUGGUCAAACCAAUUCUGAUACCAUAUCAUAAACAAAUUGAUCUUAAUAAUUCAAAUGAUUGAAAGAAGGUUAUGUCAGAUCUUAUACCACUCUCUAACGCCUAUAUUCCAAACAAAUUAACUUAUAACCCAAGGGCCAAGGCCAACCUUUGAGAGGAAAAAGCUGCGAUUGAUGGCCGGCUAACCGUCUUUGUCUUUUGGUUUCUUUUAUCAACUUUUUUUGUUUGUACUUGUUAGGGGGACCGGAACCUCGAACCUGGCCGGAAAAUUCAAGCUACAAUAAUUGCGAACUAAGUACACACAAUGUGGGCCUGCGGUAGAUAGCUCUUCCUUGCAAAAUUGCAUCAGGUGGCUAAUCCGCAGCCUGUGAAAGGUUUGCCUAUGUGUCAUUUUGUGACAGCGGGUACCACCUGUAACUAAAUUUGACGUUAAUGA